AUACACGUGAAUAUAUGUGAGAAAGACAGAGAGUGUGACUGCUUAAUGUUGUAGUAGUGAAAGAAUGGCAGUGGAUGACUCUUUCACGAAACCAGGAGCUGUACCAUUCAAGUGGGAGAUCAAACCUGGUGUUCCAAAGCUCCAACAACACCACCAGAAACAACAACAACAACAAACCUCUAGCAAUCAUCGUACUGAAUUACCUACGCCGCCACAAAAGCUUCGGCCACCGCCAUCCGGGUCUUACUUCUUGCCUCCGUUGGAGCCCCGGACCCGCUCUCUCCGAGCCUCUCCCAGGACCCGGUCCGAGCGCUGGCGGUUCGACCAACCCACCACCCUGGUUGGACCCGAUGUCGUCUCACCCGGGUGCUUCUUGUCGUCCUUUCUGGGGAGAAAAUCCGAAAAGAAGAGGGUCCGGAUUCGGAAUAUGGGUCCCGCGUCCGAACCCGACUACACAUCGGACCUGGAGACUCUGUCCCGGUGGUCAGUUUCAAGCCGUAAGUCGCUCUCGCCGUUCCAGGACUCGCCGUCGUCGUCGUACCAGUCGUCGCCCCGACCCAUGAGCGAUGCGGACUGGGCCGCAUUCGGACUCUUUUGAUUCGUUUGACUGUUGAGGCCCCGUAGUGUGUGGCUUUGUUUUAUGUUACAUGGUAAAAUCGCACUAAAGCUCAUUUAGUAUUAUACUUUUGACUGUCCGAGUCUCCAUUGUAAAUUCAAAAAGUAGAGAUUCAAUAGCCCAAGGGUAUGAUUUUCUU